UUCUGAUUUUUUGUCUUCAUGGGUUCGAUAACACUAUGACAGAAAAUGGCUGCCUCCAUUGUUGACGUGUAUAAUAAAUUAGUCAAUCAUAAAUAAAUAAAUUAUUGGUUAAUAUUUUUUUUUGCAACAAAUAAUUAGAUGAUUAAAAGUAAUAAAAUGGAACAAAUACGUUCAUGUGGUUGUAAAGGUAUUCGAACAUGUUUUUAUUGCGAAAAAGAAUAUAAAAUUUGCAAACAAAAUUUUUACGAAAAAUUCAAGCAAUUGCCAAGCUACGUUUAUUGUCCAGAAUGUGAUAAAGCAUGGCCUGGUUGGGAUAUUGAUCUUCUUAACAAUCAUCCAAAUCAUACUGGAACACCAAUAUUUUAUCCCGGUGUAUUUAUUAAGCUAGAUUUUUUAAGUCAUCAAGAAUCAAAAAAUUUGAUAAAUAAUCUUGAUGAAUUAUCUUGGGAAACAUCACAAAGUGGUCGUAGGAAACAAAAUUAUGGACCAAAAUGUAAUUUUAAAAAGCGUAAAUUACGUUUGGGUAAUUUUAAUGGAUUUCCAAUAACAACAAAAUUUGUUCAACAUAAAUUAAAUAAUGAAUCAUUGUUAAAAAAUUUUUGUACAAUUGAACAAUGUAGUUUGGAGUAUACUAAAGAAAGAGGCUCAUCAAUUGAUCCACAUAUUGAUGAUUGUUGGAUAUGGGGAGAAAGAAUAGUAACAGUCAAUGUUAUUGGUGAUUCAGUAUUGACUAUGACAAAAUUUAGUGGUCCAAAUACCAAGUAUAAUCUUCCUGAUCUUGAUACUUAUCCUCCAGUUGUUGAACGACAACAGCCGAAUGCUGAUGUAAUUGUUGGCGAUGUCGUCAUCAGAUUACCAAUGCCUGCAAGAUCUUUGAUGAUUUUAUAUGGUCCUUCAAGAUAUGAAUGGGAACAUUCAGUGUUAAGAGAAGAUAUCGAUCUUCGACGAGUUUGCAUAGCUUACAGAGAAUUUACAUCUCUUUCAUCAGGUAAAAAUUCUCACGAAACAAUUGAAAUUCUUGAAAAAUCAAAGAAUUUUUGGUAACUUGUUUAAUAUGAAUUAUAUACAUAUAUGUCUAUAAUGUAUAUAUAUUCAAAUUAACGUGAAUUUUUAUUUUUACAAUGGACUGUUUUUUUUUUUUUUGAUACAUUGAAUUUUCUUAAUAUUCCUUUAAUAAUUUAUUUUUAAAUUUUAAAAUGAUAACUAUUUUAAUCCAAUCAUUGAAUAUACACAUGUAAUAAUUUAAUUUAAUUUAUAUUUUUUGUAUUAAACAUUUUCAAAUCGAAUCAAAAUGUAUAUAUGAAUUAUAACCAUUGCUCAAUGGAUGAUAAAUGGAGCUAUUACGUAUUUGCCAUGUUUCCAUUUCUAUAGCUACUUUUUUUUCUCUUACUGUUUUUCUAAAUGUCAAUGACAAUACAAGAUCAAUUAUCUGAAAUUAAUUAUUGAAAAAUUGGUUUUAUUGCUUCGAUUUAAAAUAAAUAUUUUAAUAUUUUACCUGAAUUGACACAAUAAUUAUUGCUGAUGUUAUUAUUUUUAUUGCGUUUUCAUGUAUAAAUGUUUUUAAUGGACCACUACAACCUUUUUGAUAAUAACCAGAGCAUGUAAUUGUAUUAUUUUCAUUGUUUUUUGUUGAAAAACAGCAUGAAUGUGGUGCUGAAAUAUCAUUAAUUUCAGCAUUGAAGCUAGAACAAAAAAAUGUAUCAUUAAAUUUAUUAUUAGUUUAUUUGUCGAUUAAUAGUUAAUUUUCUUAAUUGAUUACCGAUGUUUGCAUUGCAUCAAGGGUCAAUCGAGCUUCUUGAUUUUCUUCAUAUUGUGACAUAAUUUCUCCAAUGUCUAUCAUAUUAUCUUUAUUUGUCCAAAUCCAUAUUGAAGCUGAUAAUUCCAUUAUUACAAGAAUCACCAAACAACACAAGAACUAAUAAAAUAAAAAAUACAUAUGAUUUUUAUAUUACUUUUUUAAUAAUUUUUAAUUUUAAUAUCUUUUAAUUACCAAAAAAAUCAGUGAAGAGCUUUCUUUAAGUGCACCAAAAAAUCCGAUAAAUGAUGUGACAAGUAUUAAUAAUCCAAAGAUUGAUAAUAUAGUUGUUGGUGUGAAAUGAUGAGGGUAAAGUAGGUGAUUAAUAUUGGCAUAUGCAAUAAAAAAACUUGCGCCAAUAGAUAAUAAUAUUGUUCCACUCAGCUAAAAAAUAGGAAUAAAAAAAAAGAUAAUUACACAGGUGAUGAUACAGGUAAUAAAUAAAUUGACAAAAAAAUUAAAAAAA